CAGUGAUAGCCGGAAGCAUCGAUGGGAGGAAAAUAAAAAUCGAUUAAAUUCACUGUAAUUCGCGAGUGUAAACCUCUCAUUGACUGUUCUUUUUGCGACCAUAAGCUCGAAUAUUAACUGCCUUUUACACUGCCAAAGUGCUGGAGAGGACGAUAUAAAGCAGAAAAGCUGCUCCAUUUGAACGAAGUUCCUCGGUAGGGGUUUAGCUGACGUGUGGAGAAGUUGAGACUGCCAGAGAGCAGAUAAACAAACAUAAACAAGCAGGGAUCAGCUGAGCGCCUGUCCGAACCGAACCAGCAGGACGGAGAAAUGUCAGGGAGAGCAAGUUUCCUCCUUUGACCCCAAGAAUGAUCUGCGGGACACCGUGACUUACACUGAUAUUAGCUCCAUGUCAACUGUCAACAUUGGCACACAAAGAAUUUGGAAACACGAGGACCAACCUUAGGCAUUAGCAGAAAAUUCACUGUUCUUCUCACUGUCUCUUUUUUUUCUCAAGACAUAGCCAGGCUAGCAUGGACAGCCAAUGAGUUUACCUUCCAUUUUUCAGCUGUAACGAAACGAACACACACUAAAGUGCAAGGAGAUAGAGGUGUCAGCAGUGGGAUUAGCAUGGCCCAACAGGCAACCCCUAGUUCCCAGAAGGCCCUGAUGAUGGAGCUGAAGUCUCUGCAGGAGCAGCCAGUGGAGGGCUUCCGCAUCACACUGGUGGAGGAGUCUGACCUGUACAACUGGGAGGUGGCCAUCUUUGGCCCCCCAAACACCCUCUAUGAAGGAGGCUACUUUAAGGCUCACAUCAAGUUCCCAAUUGACUACCCUUACUCCCCACCAACCUUCCGCUUCCUCACCAAGAUGUGGCACCCCAACAUCUAUGAGAACGGAGAUGUGUGUAUCUCCAUCCUGCACCCUCCUGUCGAUGACCCCCAGAGUGGGGAGCUUCCGUCCGAGAGGUGGAAUCCCACCCAGAAUGUCAGGACGAUUUUGCUGAGUGUGAUCUCUCUGCUCAAUGAGCCCAACACGUUCUCCCCGGCCAAUGUGGAUGCCUCUGUCAUGUUUCGCAAAUGGAGGGACAGUAAGGGCAAGGACAAGGAGUAUGCAGAGAUUAUCAGGAAGCAGGUGUUGUCCACAGCAGCAGAGGCUGAACGUGACGGCGUCAAGGUCCCCACCACGCUGGCGGAGUACUGUGUGCAGACCAGAGUGCCCUCCCAGGACAGCAGUUCAGAUCUGCUCUAUGACGACCUCUACGACGACGACAUGGAAGAGGAGGAGGAGGAGGAAGAGGAGAGCGAAAUGGAGUCGGGAGGUGAAGCCGGUGCGAUGUGUACUGGGGAAGAUGUCGGGACAUCCACCAGACGUUACGACAACCAGGACGACUCUGGCAAUGAAGACUCGUGAUGGUUUGGAUAACCUUUGAUCCCGCCAACCCCACCAACCCUCCUUCUUUUAUGUGUCAUGUUUAAAUUUUCAACAAGUGCGUGCGUGUGUGUGCGUGUAUUCACACGUAGCUGGCCAGUUCUUUGCCUGGCUAGCCCAUUUUUGAUUGUAUGAUUUUAUGUUUAAAACUGUCUGUUUUCACCUUGUCUUUCCUCCUUGCCUUUUUUUUAUCUGCCUCCACUUUUUAGUUGUCUCUCCACCCAUCUCUUUUUAAUUUUUGGGAAAGCUCUGACAGUCUGGCUAAUGGACAAUUCACUGUUUGGCUCAGUAACCAGCUGGGUAGCGUGUCCUGUUAAAGCCAGUCUCACAGACUUGUCCUUCCCUUUGCCCUGUCAAUCAGUCAGUCUGUCAGUGCAUCCCUGCCAGAAGAUCUCUGUCCUUCUCAUUUGUUCGACUUUGAUGCAAUCAACUUAAACCUGCAAACACAGACUCUGCCCUGAUGCACCCCAACACGACCUGCCUGGAUGCUCCUCCACUAGUGCCCGUCAUAUCUGAACUAUGACCUCCCUCAUAGUCCCCCCAAAAGUCACACAGGUGAGGGUGAGCAAAGUGAAAAACUUUUGUCACACAGGCACAAGUGUCAGUAUCUCCUCCUACACCUCUCUCUGCCUCUUAAACCUCAGGGCCUCCACAGACUCUCACAGAGAGAGAGAGAAACCAGUCAAAGAGAAACUGGUUAACAUACAAACUGCUCCUCACGUCCACCUCUUACUUUCUGCGUCCAUGGUUGUUAAAGAGGACAGAGAGUGAACUGAAAGUUUCCAAUCCCGCCACCGGCGUGUUCACACGCAAUGAGUUCCUGUUGGUCCUGAAUAGGUUCCUUUUUAGUUGUUUCCUUCUUGGUAGGCUAGAGUCAAAAUAAAAA